AACUAGUGAUGACCCAUGAUCGGGUUCAGAAAGCAAAAGAGGCAUUCUCCAUUCACUUAUUUCGUUGUGUAACUUUAAACUUACACAACUAGCUAGUUGUGUAAGUGAACCCCACAGCUGCACUGCGUUCACGACGUUGACCAGGAGGUAGGAUACAUGGAGAUCUCUUUCGCAGGAAAACGCGCCCUGGUCACGGGUGCAGGAAAAGGCAUCGGGAGGGCCACCGCGCUGGCGCUCGUUCGCUGCGGCGCAGAGGUCACGGCGGUCACGCGCACGCGGGCUGACCUGGACAGUCUCGUUCUCGAGUGUCCGUCCAUCAGGCCCGUGUGCGUGGACCUGGCGGACUGGGACGCCACGGAUGCAGCAUUGCGCGAUGACGUAGUAGGCCCAAUCGAUCUGCUGGUCAACAACGCCGCGUGCGCCUCUCUGCAACCCUUCCUCGAAGUUACCCCGGAGGAGUUUGAUAGGUCUUUCAGUGUGAACGUGAAAGCAGUGCUGCAUGUUUCCCAGCUGGUUGCCCGGGGGAUGAAGUCCAGGGGGAGGGGCGGAGCCAUCGUGAACAUCUCCAGCCAGGCCUCCAAGUGCGCCCUGAAGGACCACACCGUGUACUGUGCCACCAAAGGAGCUCUGGACAUGCUGACCAAAGUGAUGGCCUUGGAGCUGGGGGCACACCAGAUCCGCGUGAACAGUGUGAACCCCACCGUGGUGAUGACGGAGAUGGGCCGGCUGGGCUGGAGCGACCCAGCCAAGGCCCGGACCAUGACCUCACGUAUCCCCCUGGGCCGCUUCGCAGAGGUUGAGGACGUGGUGAACAGCGUUCUGUUCCUGUUGAGUGAUAAGAGCUCUAUGACCAACGGGGUCGCCCUGCCCGUGGAUGGUGGGUUCCUCGCCUGCUGAACGGACAGACAGACGUCCCGCCGUAGUGCGAUCUGCGUUCCCCACCCCGCCGUGGCCUUAGUCUCCCUGUCCACUGAGCAGCCUCACUGGGAUUCUACUUCCUGUUACUUUUGCUAAUCAUGUUAACUUUUUUGAUUCAGAGAAUAAAAGGCGGACAUCCUUGGGUGCCUUACAUAUACAUUUGUAUUUAUUAUACAAAAUUGAAAUAGUUCACCACAGCGACAUGUGAAGUCAUAAAAAAAUGAAAAC